AUGACGGAGCGAUUGGCUUUGCUCCUAUCCUGCUGGCUGAUGGUUAUCGUGGGAUGCCUACGUACGACUGCCAGCGCCGAGCGCAGUCUUCUCCAGGCUUACCUCGAGACAUUUCCGCCUUACGGCUGCAACCGCGACCCGCAGCAGUCCCGCUUCCGCCUCGACCCGGUCUACACCGUCAGCGGCAACCGCGUGUGCAUGACUGCCCGCGUGGUGGACUGCGCCAAGCCGGGUUCGGACUGCUGUGACCCCAAGAUUGACUUUUACAAGAUCGAGCUGGACGUGAACAAGCAGUGCAAAGGCGCCGUGACGGGGUUCACGGUCAAUGGAAAACCGGCCCUGGCACCCACAUUCGACCCCUACGCCACCAACGAUACAAAGGCAGUAAUCAAGCUUACGGGCCUGAAUCUUGACCUGACGACUGCGGACGGCGCUGUGUCCGCAAGGCUAUUUGCAUGCGAAUGCAUGUUGCGUAUCAUGCGUAUGAGGGCUGAUUGCGUAAAGCUUAACGCGGCCUAA